CUGCGGUCGGGCUGGGUGAACUUCUGACUGGCAGGGGCGAGGGGCGUGCACUUGGUGGGCCAUGGCGCGCGGGGCCGGAGCCCCAGACUAGCGCUCUUGAGGUGUCGGGGUCCCGCGCGCACUUCUCCGGGGCCCUGCUGUUGGGCGUGCGGGAUCCCGGCCGCCAUGGGGCGGCUCGGGCUCUUCGUCCUGGUACUGCUGGCGUCGGAGCUGGAGAUGGUUGGUACAGUCGAGGCCGUCGGGAACUCCAGCGAGGGUCUUCUUGAGUUUUCUAUGGGAAGAUUUAGCUACUUUGAGCUCAGCAGGCCCUUUCCAAAGGAAGGUAUUCUGCGUCAUAUUUCCAGCAAUGUGACUUUUCUUAUUUUUCAAAUACAUUCACAGUAUCAGAAUACAACUAUUUCCUUUUCUACGACUCUCCUUCCCAAUUCCUCAGGCACAGGUACUGACAAAGGACUGGUUUUCAUUCUUAAACCAGAGCAAAGUGUGUGCACUUGGCAUUUGGAGACUCUCGAUGCUGAGCCUGUCCAAAAUGUCGCCGUUCCACUGUCCUAUUCAGAGAGAGAUCCUAUCCCUGGAGGCUGCAAUCUGGAGUUUGAUUUAGAUAUCGAUCCCAACAUUUAUCUGGAGUAUAAUUUCUUUGAAACAAAGAUUAAAUUUGCCCCGGCAAACCUAGGCUAUGCAAGAGGUGCAGAUCCUCCACUGUGUGACGUUGGGAUGGGCCCGGACUCUCGCUGGAGGUUACAGUAUGAUGUCUUCCAGUACUUUCUGCCUGAGAAUGACCUCACGCAGGAGGGCUUGCUACAACAUCUGCAGAAGAUGGCCACAGUGCCUGAGGUGACUGCCAGUGCUGUCAAGGUGGCUACGCUAACAGCUAAUGACAAGACAAGUGUUUCCUUCUCCUCCCUGUGGGCCCAAGGUGUUAUUUAUAAUGUCAUAGUCUGGGACCCACUUCUAAAUACAUCUGCUGCUUAUGUUCCUGUGCACACAUAUGCCUGCAGUUUUGUGACUUCAGAGGGGAACUGUUCUUCCCUUGGAAGAGUGUCUACCAAAGUAUUCUUCACUCUUCUUGGCCUGCUUGGUCUCUUCAUUUGUUUUUUUGGACACAGAUUCUGGAAAACAGAAUUAUUCUUCAUGGGCUUUAUCAUCGUGGGAUUCUUCUUUUAUAUCCUGAUUACAAGACUGACUCCUAUUGACUAUGAUGUUCGUCUGAUCCUGACGGCGGUGGCUGGCAGCAUUGGUGGAAUUUGCCUGGUGGCUUCCUGGUGGCGUUUUGGCAUCCUCCUGCCUUGCAUGCUGUGUGUGGGGCUAGUGCUGGGCUUCCUGACGUCCUCGGUGAUCCUCUUCACUCCACUGGGAAACCUGAAGAUUUUUCGUGAUGACAGUGUGUUCUGGGUGACUUUCUCUUGUAUAGCUGUCCUCAUUCCUGUAGUUUUUAUGGGUUGCCUAAGAGUCCUGAACAUACUGGCCUGUGGACUCAUCGGUUCCCAUUCGGUGAUCUUGGCCUUUGACAGUUACAUGUACACCAGCUUUUCUUACAUUACUUUGAACGUGCUCAGGAGAGCUCUCCACCCGGAUUUCAACAAAGCUUUUACAAAUGUGCCUUUUCAAACCAAUGAUUGUAUUCUGCUGGCAGUGUGGGGGAUGCUGGCUAUGAGUGGGAUUACAUUACAGAUUCGCAGAGAACGGGGACAGCCUGUUUUUCCUCCCCACCCAUACAAGUUAUGGAAGCGAGAAAGGGAACGCAGAGCGACCAACAUUCUGGACCCCAGCUACCACAUUCCUCCUUUUCGAGAGAGGCUCUACGGUCGGUUAACCCAGAUCAAAGAGCUCUUCCAGAAGGAACAGCCUGCUGGAGAAAGAACACCCUUGCUGCUUUAGGUGCCAUGGGGUGUGGCGAGUGUGAUGUGGAAGAACACCCCAAGUACUGCCUCUAAUGAGUAUCAUGCCCAGUAGCUUUGGUAACUCCCAGUGCCACCUGAGAAGAUACCAGGCUCGCAAGCUGUGCUGUGCAUACUAGCACUAGGUCUUGAUGGACAUGUGCUAAGGGUCCACCAGGGUCAUCAGGAGAAUUCUGAGUGAGACAGAAAAAUGGCCCAGAAAUUUAUGGUAGAGAGGGUUUUCCUUUUUUCCAAACAUUUGAGAAAUUUCCUUUUGGUUUACAAGUACAUAAUCCACUUACUCCAUUAAAUAGAUACACAAUAAUAAUGAUUUUCCUGUAAGGCCCUGGUGUUUCUGUAGCUCUGUGAACAAGUCUCUAAACCUGUGGCAUUGGGAGCCAGAAAGUGGUUUUAAGUGUUAUUAUAGCUUUAUUUGUCACUCUGUUUUUGGGUGUAGAAGUUUGAUAACCAGACCACUGAACUAACACAAAAAGAGAACAUUGUCUUACUAAAAUGCAGUCUGAGUACUAACUUAUAUGUCUUUUUUUAGUAUCAUCAUCAAAAAGUUGUUCUUUUAUCCUUUGGUGGUUUUUAAUUGUGGUAUAAUACACAUAAAACUUGCCACAUCAAUAAUUUUUAAGUGUACAGUCCAGCAGGCACCCUGUUUCUUUGUUCCUUAGAAUGGUAAAUAGUUGUUAUUCUAGAUGUUUGAAGAGGCCUGCUUUUAUAGAUAAUAGAAUUUUACAGGAUUUAUUUAUAUUCCACACAAUGACCUCUGUUCGUAGUAUACUAUCACAGAUUUUAAAAACAGUGUAGCCAACUAGAUGCUAAACUAGAUUAGAUCACGUGUGGAUUAUUCUGGUUCUGGGAAACAAACUGAUGCCUAUUUUUAUACAUAUUAACAAGGAAACCUUUAAAAAAUUGUAUUUCCUAGUUCUUUCUGCCACAUUGGCAUUAAUUGUUAUUAGCAUUGAUGUACAGGUUUUUGAAAACAUCUCUUUGUAAAGCCUUUCUACCAUCUCUAAAACAGUGAGAAGAGGGUCACAAAGGAUUAAGGUGUUUCAGAGCUCUUCUCAUAGGAAUUUGGAUUGUAGGAGGUGCGCUCAGUUUUGACCCCCUUACCUGGGCACUGCGGUACGCUACAUUCUCCUUUUGGAGCCCUCGGAACUGUCCGCUCCUGUGGAGUCUCCCCUUGGACUUUCCGGCUGGUGAUGGACAUGUCCAAGUGAUACUAAGGCUGGUUCUGCUUGUUAUAUCCCACUCAUGAGUUAACCACUAUUUAAAUGCUGCUGGUUUUAAGGGUUUUUCAAAGUAUAGUCCAUUUUUGAAGCUUUAAGUAACUGGAACCUUUUUGCCUUGUUGGUAAAAAGUGUGGGUAGGGCCUCCCUGGUGGUGCAGGAGUUAAAAAGUCUCAGCUCUAUUAAACUAUCCCCAGCCACUGCCCCAU